AAUCUUCAGGGCCAGAUGGAUUCCUAAGUGAAUUUUACCAGGCAUUUAAAGAACAUUUAAUUCAAAUACUAUAUAGACUAUUUGGAAAAUAUUCAAAUAAGGAGUCCUUCUAAAUUUCCUUUACAAUAUAAAUAUGGUUGCUGAUUCAUAAACCAGGAAGCAUAAAAACAGAAAGAGAUUUCUUCACCUUGGAAUCUUUGGUAGUCUUUUUAGUCUCUCUCUCCCCCAACCCCCUCAUCUUGUAUUUUCCUUAUUGCUCACUUCUAACUCCUUCCCCUCUGAUUGUGGUUUCCUUGGAUGUUGAAUCUCAAAAUGUUUGUGUCUCCUCCCACACUAGGCAAUUUAUGGUUCCCCACCUUAGGUCUCUGUCCCUUCUGACUUUUGGAUGGUCAAAACUGGCCCUAGGGGAAUGCUGUGCUCUUUCCCCUAGGCUUAAUGGAAUGCUGCACAGCUUUUCACUGUCAGGGUGAUCUUUCUUGCUGACUUGUCCCAUUUCCUUUCUCCUUAGUUCUCAGGCUUGAUUCCAGCAGUUCAGAGCCUGCUUUUCUUGCCAUCAGCAAAAGCUACUUUCUCUUUCAUUGGAGUUGGUGUUUCUUAGCCCAGAGAUAAUUUCCCCAACCUGGAGCAGAGGUCUCCACAGUCCUGGAAAGAGGAAGGCGAGUUUGGGGUUUAGAGAUUUUUCUGUGAUCUGAGGAGGUUGCAAGGACAGCAGGCAUGACUACACCCCAGCAAGCUGCCUGCAGUGUCACGAGUCAUUCUGGCAAAGGUGAUGAAAGUUCUGACAUCAGUAUCCAUUUUGGAGUCUCAGAUGAAGAGAAGGCAGCAGUGAAAAAUCGGGGGGAGCACGUUUUGAGAACCCUGAAAAAGAUGGGCCUUAAUGUCGAAAAGGGCCCUGUGGUUUCUGUCCUGGCCUCUGGUGGGGGCCUGAGGGCUGCCAUAGCUUGCCAAGGUGUCCUUAGUGAGCUGAGCCAUGUGGGGCUCCUAGACCUGAUCACAUACCUUGCAGGAGUCUCUGGCUCCACCUGGUGCAUGUCCUCCCUCUACACCCAGAGUGAUAUGUGGCAGGACCUGGCGAAGACAGAAAAUGAGCUCCGAAGGCGGCUUCGGGAAGACUCCUGGAAAUUCUCUGUUGCCCUGGAUGGGCUCUGUAAGGCUGCAGAGAGGGAUGACUAUUCUCUCACUGAUUUCUGGUCCUAUUCCGUGGUCUACUACUUAACCAAGGAACUUCUAGAUACCCGUCUGUCCAGUGUGAAACAUCAUUUUGACCCGGGGACUGUGCCAUAUCCCAUAUUCGCCACCAUCGACCAUUUCCUCAAGUCUGGUGGAGAGGAGAACACUCUGAAUGCCUGGUUUGAAUUCACUCCUGACUGGGCUGGCUACUCAUUUGCCAACUCAAAACCUGGUGCUUAUGUCUCUACCACUCAUUGUGGGAGCAAGUUUAAGGGAGGGAAGCUCAUCCAAGAAGAAGAAGAAAGGGAUUUCUCCUAUCUUCGAGCAUUAUGUGGUAGUGUUUUGGCGGACAAAGACAUUGUUCUCAAGGCCAUCAAAGAUUUCUUCUUGAAAUUUAUCUGUGGUUUAAGCACCCAGCAAAAAAAGCUCAUUUCUGAUCCUGAAGGAGCUGUUUUGAAAACCCUGAUAGAAGAAUUAUUCAACCUGGUUUACACCUUCCAAACAGAUGGAGACUAUCUACCCAUCUUGAGAAAUCUACAGGCUAAAAUGGAGGGGAACACCUACUUUUUUGAGGCUGAGACAUUGACUAGCCAUAUGAUCAAAUUUUCGUACCAGAGAAGUCGAGAUCAACAGAGACAACUCAUCAAGGAAUUACUGGAAAAGACCUUGAGUCAAGAAAUGGUGGAAAAGAGCAGUGUCCCAUCUUUUCUAAAGUUUUUAUGGAAGACCUGCAAGUGUUUCUUAUCGUGGACGUGGGGAACAACAAAUAACUUUCUGUACAAGUAUGAAGAGAUUAAGGACAAGCCUCUCACAGAUCAUGAAAGUAUGUAUUUGAUGGAUGCUGGCUUGGCUAUCAACUCUGCCUAUCCCCUGGUCCUACCCCCAGUACGGAACAGUGAUAUCAUCCUCUCCUUUGACUUCAGUGAAGGGGAUCCAUUCGAGACCAUCAAGGCCACUAAAAAGUACUGCAAAACCUGUAAUAUCCCCUUCCCUCCAGUGGAUGAAGCUAAACUCAACCAAGAAGCCAAGGCUCCUUCUGAUUUCUACAUCUUUGAAGGGAAGAAGACACCUGUGGUCCUUCACUUCCCACUUUUCAAUAAAGUGAAUUGUUCCAGCACAGAAAUCAUUGACCAGAGGCGAAAGACAUAUGAGACAUUCCACCUUACAAACUAUUCUGAUGCUGAGGUGAGUCAACUCCUGGAGGACUCAAAGGCAAAUGUGAGAAACAACAAGGAUCGUAUCUUGUCAAAGAUCUGUGAAAUGGCACUGACAGUCUUCUAGGAAGCAGCCUCCCAACUUCUGCUCUCGUACUGGGACUGGCUUCUGUUACCUGGGAACAGCUGCCAUUCCUGCUGCCAUUCCCUCCUUUGGGAGAGACACUUAUUCACUUUCUCAACCCUCAUGCUUCAUGGAACUUCAUGGAACAUUCUGCUUAGGCUUUCCCAGAUCCAAUUAAAAUAUUGGCUUGGCUCCCAGGAGUCUGUUGUUUCAUCCUCUUGCUUUACUCAGUUCUAUUUGCAGAAGCUUAGAAUUGGCAGGAGUGCUGAUCCCAGGGUCAGGACACAUGAGUUUGACUCAUGUCUCAGACACUGGAAUUGUGACCCUGGGUCAUUUCCCUGAUUCCUCUGAGCUUAUAUUUCUUUAUCUAUAAAAUGAUAAUGUAUGCAAUGUCUAGUUCACAUGUUUGUUAAGAGAAGUUGGGAAUGUAACAUAACCAACAACCAUUUAUUAAGUAUUUACUGUAUGCUAGAUACUGGACUCAGCACUGAUACAGUGUUUAGACAUAAUACAAACUAUUUUGUCAAGAAGUAGAAUAAUUUAAUGAGGAAAAGGAAAGGUAUUAAAAAGGAUUAUGGGAAAUUUUAUGGGGAGAUACACUCUUAUCUGAAAGUUGACUGAGAAGCUUCUUACAGGGCAUGGUCCUUUAUGAUGGACCUUUACGGAAUGGAAGACUUUCAAGAGACUGAACUGGAGAGUUUAUUCCAGGAAUAUAGAUAACAUGGAGCAGGGAGAGGAAAGAGAUUAAGAAGGGGAAUUAGUAGGAGGAAAUAAAGCUGUGAAAUGAAUGAAAAGCUUGAGAGAAAGUAUGUCUGAGUAAUUAAAAAUAAACCUGUGUUAGUUAGCCUCCCUGAUGAUAAAUGGUUGGUCAGUGGUUUCUCUCAGUAACCAGACACUUAAUGGAGAUACUGAAUGACUAAAAAUACUUUUAAAAAAGGAGGUGCUCCUGACAGGUAGAAAAUCAACCACGUUUGGUGAAUAAUUAAUGAAGAUAUAGACUUUCAAGUGAGAUAUGUGCUGUAAGCCCUCAGCCCCUCCUGCUGAGAAUGUGGCUUGAUCAUGAAAUUGUCAUCUGCACCAAUCUGGACAAAGGAAUCUCCCCAGAGGGUUCUGUUUUUCUCCUUCAUGAGCUGGUUUACCCUAAACUCCCUUUGGGUAGGGUAGCUGCCAGCACAUGGGUUUAUUAUUUUAGGGCUGAAAUUCACCUAUAUUAGAUUCUGUUUAUACUCUGGGGAAAAAAAAGUCUUCUGGUUGGGUGGGGUCCUGUCCAAGAUCAAGGAGGAUGUUCUUCAGAAACUGGCUGAUCUACAGAGGGGCUGGUUCUUGAACAAGGAAAUAAAGAUGAAAAACAACUUUAAUCUGAAUUUAAUAAUUGAGUAUUAACAUAAUAGAAAGUAAUUUCAGCUGAAAAUAAAAAAAAAUCCUAAAGAAAAUAAUUAUGGGAA